AACGAGGAACGGGUGACGACGACGUGCUAACGAGUUAGCCGGGUAGCUACCUACCGCUAUCCGGUGUGAGCGCGGUGGCGGCGAAUUAUAUAUGAUUAUAGAGGAACAUUUCAGGAUAUAGCUCGUUUUUAUUUUACUCUAGCCAUCCGGGUAAUUUAAAUAUGCCCAGCAAAAAGAAGAAAUACAACGCCAGGUUCCCCCCGGCGAGGAUUAAGAAGAUUAUGCAGACGGAUGAAGAAAUAGGAAAAGUGGCUGCAGCAGUACCUGUUAUUAUUUCGAGAGCCCUGGAGCUUUUUUUGGAAUCGUUGCUGACAAAGGCCUGUCAAGUCACCCAAUCUAGGAAUGCAAAGACGAUGACAACGUCACAUCUAAAGCAGUGUAUUGAGCUGGAGCAACAGUUUGAUUUCUUAAAAGACCUGGUGGCGACGGUGCCGGACAUGCAGGGCGACGGGGAGGAGAACCACACCGAGGGGGGAGGAGAAAAAGUCCCACGCAGGGGUCGCAAACCAGGGUCCGGUCGCAAGAACGGAGGGGCCGGAACCAAAGGCAAGGACAAGAAGUUGUCUGGAACAGAGUCGGAGCAAGAGGACGACUCGGAAGACAGCGAGACAGACGGGGAUGAGGAGGAUGGCUCUCAGUCGAGCACAAAUCUGCAGGCUGCAUCCAGGUUCCACAGCUCAAAUGUGCCCCCCCAGUACAUGCACAUGGGCAACAUGGUGUCAAUGGGCGGCAUGGCUCCAGCGCAGCCCCCCGGCGGCAUGGCCUUCGCCCCCCACCCGUCCAUGAUGAGCGUCGUGCCGCCUCCCCCUCCCCCUGCGCCGCACAAAAACGAGGAGGACGAUGACGAAGACUAUGACUCUUAGCUCCCUCUUUCCUCCCUUACCCCUCCACCGCUCACUCACUCGCUCUCUCACACACACACACACACUCUUAAAGCGUUAUUUUCAGAUUCUUAAGUUGUUCUUCCGGUGGCUGCUCGUAAAGCAGAGGAGGGAAAGACUCUUCAUCGCGGUCCACCGCCCGCAAGAGGCAGAAAACUCGUUGUACAUUGUGUUUUAAUUUUCGUUUUUUUUUAAGGAGAGAACAAAAUAAAAGGUUUUAUUUUAUCGUAGAGGAGGAUGUUUUUUAACAAGUCGGUCGAUUUUUGCAUAGGAAAAACGUCACUGUUUUUUGCUACGAGCCCCCCCCCUCAGACAGGAUAGGUGUGGUUUGUGUUGUAACUUCUUUUUUUUUUCUUUUUUGGCACUUUCAGUCCUCCGUAGUAGCUGCGAACAUAUCAGUCGCUGUCAUUCAGACCCUCAGGUUGGUAGAAAAAUGUUCCGCAAGUGGUAGUUAGAGCCGUGCUUGUCGAAGGGAAACCAGACCUCACUUGCCGCCGAAGUGUUACAUCACCACGUAAUCGAUCGGCUACCGCUGUUCAGAUGUGAGCCCAACUUCCCGGCUUUGUCAGUCCAGCUGUCGGGCUGCAACGUAAACAAGGAAGCAGGUGUAUUUUUACUAUAGGUUUAGCUAGCUGCAGCUUUUUUCAAAUUAGUUCCUAUUUUUAAGUCACGUUUUUAUCAAGAGAACUGUAAACUUCCACGACCCACAAGCCAGCAGGUUAAGGGUUCACAUUGUGUUCACGUCGCCAGGGGUUAGUUGCUUGUGUAUUAUUUUACACCACCAUUAAAUGCCCCCCCCCCCGAAGUAUACUGUGACUCUUGGACCAUCACUUUGAUUUUAAAGUCUCCUUUUUUCUGGUCACCCCUCCGAUUUUGAGUAAACAUUUCCCCCCCCCCGUUCUUUUAGAUUGUUUUAAUUGUUAUCAGAUGGGGCUCCCGUUUAUGUGUCGGUCUUGUUAUGAAAUGGUUGCGAACAGACAGGUGACACUGUAUUGUAAACUUUUAACAUUCUUUUUAUUUUGUAUGGGUGAAAUAAAGUUCAUAUUUCAAUUAAAA